AUGUCGUCCAACGACAAUGCAGCAGCAGCACCGGGGAAGCGGCGCUCCCGAAAGUCGAUUGCAGUGAUGCCGAAUGCGGCCGCAACAAACAACAACGUACCGGAGGGAGGGAGCAAGGAGAGCACAUCAUUAGCAUUGAAGCCGAAGAAGAAAUCGAGGUCGAAGAGUCUGGGGCCGGGAGGACUGGACGCGAACGGUGGUGCGAGUGCGGAGAAUGGGUUGAAGAGUGGCAGUGGGAAUGGGAGGAGGGAAUCUCUCGCCCCCGCAGCCACCGUAAAAUCAAUCCUCAAACCCACCCUCCCCAUCUCCCCCCUCAAGCCCAUCCCCGCGCACCGCACGCGCUCCAGCCGUGCCCCCCUUCCCCCCUUCACCAUGGCGCCCACACACACCGCCGCAGGCCCCUCUAGCAAACCGCCCAAAACACCCGCCACCACCACCCCCUCCUCUUCCGCCAGCGCCCUUAACUUCAACCCCCCACCCCCCACCACCACCGUCCCCAUCCGCACCGAAGAGGAGCAGCAGCGCCGAGCCGAGAUCCUCGCCGCCCGUGCUGCCCGCCGCCAGUCAAUGGGCAACCGCCGCGUCUCGUUUGCGCCAGAGGCUACCCUCCACACGUGGGACGUCAUCGAGUACUACCCGGGCACAACUGGCACGCCCGGCUCAUCGAGCAGCGGCAGCAGCAACGCCAGCACCCCCGCCAACAGGGGGCCCGGGAAUCUCAGCACUAUCGAAGCAACGCCUACAGAGACGUCGCUCGCAGCAGACGACACGCCGGUGCGGCUACCGGAGGCGCUGGGCGGCGGUGGGCAGGACCCAGUAACACCCAUGGGCGCGGCCCAGCAGAAGAGGAAUUUCGAGUCGCCGGUGUUUUCGUCGUCGCCGUUCUCGUCCAGCCCCGAGAGUGCGUUUGGGGGGAUUGUGCAGGGAGACGACGGUAGUGAGCUGGACUCGGAGUCGGAGUCGGGCUCGGAGGACGAUGAUGAUGAGCCUGGCGUGGGGGAUCGCACGUUCAUGACUAUGGGCGGGGAUGAGACGAUGGGGGAGCUGACGAUGGACAUUGCAGACGACGAGGUGACGGGCGCUGGGUUUGGGGCCUUCGGGAAGCGCAAGGCGUGGAAAUUGGAGGGCAGCACUGAGACCGUCGAGGACCCUACGGGCGACGAUGAUGAAGGCGAACAGAAAGCUGCAACAACAACAGCAACACCGAAAGAAGACGAAGAAGAAGAAGGAGGGGAAAUGACGAUGGAGAUGACACGCGCCGUGGGCGGGGUUCUUCCUGCGGUGGUUGAGUAUCCGGCGCUGCCGGUGUCGAAGGAGGACGCUAACCAAGAAGAAGAUGAUGGCGGUGAAAUGACGAUGGAUAUGACUCGCGCCAUUGGCGGUGUUCUCCCACCGACGUUCAGCAACCCGUAUGUCGAGAAGGAGAAGGAGGAGGAGGAGGACGCGGGCAUGGAUAUGACCAUGGACAUGACCCGCCCCGUCGGCGGGAUUCUGUCCAGCGCCGCCAACGCUCUACAACGUGCCACACGGAAAUCACUUGGCUUCCUCACCUCCGCACCUUCGGCCCCCCCAGCAGCUGCGCCGGCGGCCGACGAAGACGGAAUGACGAUGGACAUGACCGUUGCCCUCGGCGGCAUCCUCUCCAAGGCCCCCGAGACCGAACCAGAGCCACCGUCCUCGCCGAUGGGUGGGGAUAUGACAAUGGAUAUGGAUAUGACACGGCCCAUCGGCGGCAUCAUCUCUGCUGCGCCUGCUAAGCCUGCUGCGCGCUUUGCAUCGUCGUCGCCUGCGAGCUCUGAUGCGGAGAACGAGGAGAUGACGAUGGAGUUUACGUCUGUGAUUGGCGGGAUCAUCGGGGAGGGGGCCAAGACUGGUGGGCGGAGAAGCUCACUGGCCAGAGGUGGCGGCGCAGGGAAGCUCAUGAGCGGCGCGGAAUGGGCGAAACAGCAGGAGGCGCAGAAGAACGGGGAUAAGGAGAACAAGGAAGAUGAGGAUGAGGAUGAGGAUGAAGAAGAUGGCGAGGGAGGUGGAGAUAUGGACUUUACGGUGGCAGUGGGCGGGAUAAUCUCUAAACAGGCUGAAGCACCACCGGCAUCGACAUUCCCGGGCAAGGACACGGGCGUGAACGAAGACAGCGACGACGAGGAUGACGAUGGCGAUGUGGACAUGGACGGCGUCACGAUGGACAUCACGACUGCCAUUGGCUCAAUCCUGCCCUCCAAAACCGAUACCCAGGACGAGUGGACACCCGCGUCGAUUCCUGCGACGGCCGAGGAGGAGGCCAAGGACAUCACUUCGUCGCCCACGCCGGCCAAGCGCGGCGGGAGAAGCAGGAGGAGCAGCAGUGCUACGAGUACCGCUUCACCGCGAGUCACCCGCAGUGCCCGAAAGACGCCCGAUGCGCCGCCGCACGCCGAAGAAAAGAAGGCCGCCGAGAGCACCCCCGAAGCCAAAGCAGAGACUCCCGUCCAGAAGCGGCAGACACCGACCAGGAAGGCAGCGACACCAAAAUCGAAGAGCGCAACACCAAAGAACCAAGGCAAGAAGCCCGCCGAAACACCCACACCCAAAACCGAAACUCCCGCCCUAGCCGAACCUGCAAAGCCCGACUUCGUCUUCGCGACCCCUCAGAAGAAGACACCCGCUCCCUUCUCGCAGCCGCAGACACCGCCGGGGCAGGCCACACCCGCCAUCCCCCCGCGCCCAAAAACACCCAGUAAGCACACGCCAAUGAUCCAGACGCCGCUGCGCCAAGUCACGACCCACGGCUUCUCCCUCAGCACCAAGAAGCCCAACACCUUCCCGACGUCGCCGUCGCCCGCCAACCGCAUCACCACCCCGCGCACCGACGCCCCAGGCUCACCAAGCACCACCAAGGGCGUCGGCAUCAACAAGCUCGGCCUGGGCUCACCGCGCGUCGCCGCGAAGCUCUCGGCCAGAAAGAGCCUCACCGAGACCACGCUCCCCUUCUCGCCCCUCGCGGUCCCGAAGGACCUCCUGAAGGCCAGCAAAGCCGACGACGCCGCAGACCGCGAAGAGGAGCAGAAGGAGCGCGAGCAGGAGCUCGAGCGCCGCAAGGGCCUCGACCUCAAGAGCCGCAUCGACCUGCUGACGCCGCGCAAGGCGGCGAGAAAGAGCCUUGCGUAUGGUGCGCUGCUGCAGGGGAAGCGGGAGAGGGAUGAGGACGUGACGGGGAGCUAUCUUGGUGGUGGGAAGCGGCGGAAGAGCUUUGAGGCUGCGACGACGACGCCGGCGAGGAGGAACUUUGACUUUGAUAAGGCGCCGAGUCUGCCGACGCCGGGGCAGGGAAGGACGCCCAGGAAGAAGGCUGUCACGAUUGCGGCGGAGCCGGUGGUGGCUAGUAGUCCGAUGGCGCCGCCGCCGCCGCCGCUGAAGCCGGUGGUGGCAGAUGAGAAGAUGGAAGAGUCGUCCGAGGAGGAGAUUGAAGAGCAGGAGGAGGAAGAGAGGAUCACGCUGCAGCAGUUCUUGUCCAUGACGAGUAUCAGCUUCCUCGACGGGCUCACGACCACCAAGCGGCGGCAGACCGGCUUUCCAGGCCUCGAGCUGCGCCGUGGCGCGGGGCGCCGCAGCGACAUGGGCGGCGGCGACGACGAGGAGGCCGAGGCGCCGAUGGGCGACUGCGUGAUUGCCGGCGCGUGCACCGUGCCCAUGCUGGAGAUGUUCCAGCACUCGUGCCGCGAGCUCAAGCAGUACAUCAAGGAGGGCCGCGACAUCGUGCGCGAGAUCGAGCAGGACACGGCCGACGACAACCCGCCGCUGUUCCGCGAGUACCUCGACGCGCCGCCCGACAUCAAGGUCAUCAUGGACACGCAGUUCAAGAACGUCAAGACGCACGCGCGCUUCCUCGCCAGGGGCAUCUGGUACAAGUGGCGCCGCCAGCUCAUGGAGGGCGUCAAGACCGCGCUCGAGAGCAACCUGCACGACAUGAAGGGCGACGAGGCGGCGCUGGCGGCGGCCCAAGAAGCCGCAGAGGCCACGCUGCCGGCGCUGAAGGCGCGCUUCGAGGCGGCGGCGAGGACGGCCGCGAGGAUGGAGGAGGCGAGGCGCCGCAUCGAGAACGACGAUAAGGAGCAGCUGACGCAGGCGCAGGAGGGGCUGAAGACCGUCACGCAGCGCAUCGAGGAGGUCAAGCUGAGACUCGCGCAGCGCAGCAAGGAGCUUGCAGAAGUCAACACGCACAUCGAGGCCAAGGGCGCGCGCAAGGCCGCGCUGCAGUCGGCAAUCGACGAGGCGGAGCGCGUGAAGGAGCAGAAUCGAGGCUGGAGCGAAGACGAGGUUGCGGGCUGGGCGGCGAGGGCCACGGCGCUCGAGAAGCAGUACGGAUGGGCCGUUGUGGGCGUGCAGGGGGCCGUCGUGGAGCUCUCGUUCCUGCGGCAGCUGCGCGUGCUGUGGGAUGCGACGGGCGCGCGGUCGGCGACGGUCGAGUACAUGACUGCGGCGGUGCGGAAGCCGUCGGACCCGCUGCCGCUGGAGAGCACGGAGCGCGAGUUCUUCGUCGGCGCGCUGAACGCGCGGCUUGCGGGUGGGGCGGCGGGGCGGACGCUGAAGGGCGCGGUGGCGGAGGUUGAUGCGUUCUGGCGGCGGUGCCUGGGCGUUGCGGAGGAGAUUGAGCGGGUGCGGGGGUGGUACCCGGUGGUGGUGGUGCGGGAGGCGGAGGGGGAGGGGGAGGGGCGGUUGCUGGUGGCGAUUAAGGUGCUGGUGGCGGAGGUGCGGAGUAAGGUUGUCAUUGAGGUUGUUGUGGACGCGGACCUGGGCGUGAGUAGUGCGGCGAGGGUGGUGUAUGGCGGCGUCAAUGGGGAGGCGGUGGGCGAGUUUGUGGGGAAGAUGCUGGGCGUGGAGGGCGCGUGGAGGGCCGUGGUGGAUGGUGUGGUCGGCAGGUGUGUGGACGGGAGGAGGCGCGGUGGGGUGGGCGUGCCGACGAAGGCGUAG